GGAUGCUGAGCAAAAAUUAAAAGAAUCCCAGGAAGAUCAAGAGGCAGAAACAGCUUCCCAAAAAGCGUAAAAAAAAUACGAUCUUCUAGAGUUUCGAGAAAAUAAAACGAACUAAAAAUGUCUCUGGGGCCACUUUUAACUGAAGUCAUUUUAGCAUUCUGCCUGGCAGUGACUUUACUCUACAGAUAUGGAAAUCCUUUUAGACAACAUAUUAUUGUCACCCUCUCAGUUUUAAUUGCUUGGUACUUCUCAUUGCUGAUUAUAUUCGUUUUGCCCUUGGAUGUUUCUUCUACAGUGUUUCGACAGUGUGUGGAGCUAAAUAUUCACAAUAAAUCUACUAUAAGUCCUAUAGAAAAUUCGACGGUAAAACCUCCUACCACGUGUAAAGAACCUUGGUCCAGCGUUCCAGAAAACGUUUUUCCUAAUCUGUGGCGAGUAGUUUACUGGACCUCGCAAUUUUUAACGUGGUUGAUACUCCCUUUGAUGCAAUCUUACAUAAAAGCUGGCGAUUUCUCUGUCAGGGGAAAAUUAAAGACAGCUUUAAUCGACAACGCGAUUUAUUAUGGAAGUUAUCUCUUUAUUUGUGGAGUACUUCUCAUAUACAUUGCUCUAAAACCCGGAUUAGAUCUGGAUGGGCCAAAACUGAAAGCAAUAGCUUCUUCUGCAUCGAAUACAUGGGGAUUAUUUCUACUCGUCUUGCUUCUCGGGUACGCUCUAGUCGAAGUACCUCGGGGUUUGUGGAAUGCGAGCAAACCCGGAUACACCCUCCAUUAUAGCUACUUCAAAGCUGCGAAAGUCAGCAUGGAGAAAUGCGAAGCCGAGGAAACUGUAGACGAUAUUCUCGAGUCUCUGCAAGCUGCGUCGGUGGCGAUUAAUCCUGGACAUCCAUUUCAUCGCAAUUUAGAAACGAUAUUUCAGAAAGUCCCGGCGGAGCUGAAGGAUCGAAUGAACAGGAGACAGUUGCCUGCAGAUACUCCACUUGAUGUACCUUCGGAAAAAGCUUUGAUUCGUUUGCAUGGACAGACGAUUAAGGCACUGCAAACCUUGCAAAGAACGGAAACCCAAUGGGGUGUUUUGGUAAAUAAUAUAAUAGAUUUAGAAGACGUGGCUAAAAACCAGGCUAGUCACGAUAAAAGGUUUAAACCCACGUAUCCAGUUUUGAGACCUUUCCUAAUUCGCCUUAUUUUCAAUCCUACAGUCGAAUGGUACUGGAAAUGCUUUCUGAAAAGCUACGUUCAGAAAGUAGCUGCCGUCGCUGCUGCUUGUCUUUCGUUGGCGGUUGUUUGGUCAGAAGUAACAUUUUUUAACAAGUCUCCUGUACUUUCGUUAUUCGCUCAGUUUGUUAACAUAGCCAAAGCGAAAUACGACUACUUCACUAUAGAAGUUCUCUCUACUUUAAUAAUAGCCUACUUGUGUUAUUGUGCUUACUCCACUGUUCUGAAAAUCCGGUUGCUGAAUCUGUAUUACUUAGCUCCUCAUCAUCAAACCAACGAGUACAGUUUGAUCUUCAGUGGCAUGAUGUUCUGUCGACUGACGCCUCCUAUGUGUCUUAACUUUUUGGGUCUCAUUCACAUGGACUCUCACAUCAUCAAAACGCACAUUUUGGAAACCCACUACACGCAGGUGAUGGGCCACAUGGAUGUUAUUUCCAUUAUUUCGGAUGGAUUUAAUAUCUACUUUCCGAUGGCCAUACUCGCAUUUUGCUUGGCUACUUACUUUAGCCUGGGAAGCAGGCUUCUAUCGAUGCUCGGUUUUCAGCAAUUUCUGGGUGACGACGAACUCACUUCGGAUCUUGUUGAAGAAGGAAGAGAAUUAAUUAAAAGAGAGAGGCGGAAACGUCAAAGGAUGGAGGAGUCGAUGAGUCGGAGGCGCGAGUUUCAAGAAAGGUUCAACAGUUCUGGAACUGCCUCCCGAUAUCGAACGUCGAGGCAAAGUUCAGAUACAGUACGAUCCCUGAAAAGAGACGACUCAACGGAAUCUGCUCGAGCUGGUCUCUUGGGUGAUUUUGAACCCUCGGAGUACUACGUCGGCACCACUUUUGGCAACGAAGGCUACGGCGCGAAUAGUCGUGUCGAUCGCGAUUAUCAUUCAGGGGAUCUUCCUGAUUUAACCAUUGAGGGCACGAGAGCCUACUCGACAAACAGCACUCGGGUUGGCAAUCCGCCCAGGGGAAUAUUCGACGACAUAUAAAUAUUUUGUUAGUUAAACAUUUCCAUUAAGCAGCCAAUGGUAUUAUAAUUUAGAUUUAUUCUCUUCUGUAUAUAUUAUACUUACGCACUUUCUUUUUAUUUUCAAGUUCCCUAAUUUUAAGGAAAUUCGAAAUAAGGAAACAUAUUUUUUUUCUUUUUGGCAGCGCAGCAUUUUCAGUUAGGGAUUUCUGAAUCGAAAAUUAAACUACAUUGAUAUUGCAUUUCCAGGGUGGCCGAAGGUCAGGGAAAAUAUGGAUAUCAGGAAAAAGUAGGCAUUUUAAAGAAAAAUGGCAAAAGUUGGAAAACCCUUAAAAAAAGUGUUUCUUAUUGUAGGAAAUUAUGGAAAAAUAAUUAUAA